AUGCUCCGCCGCAAGCCAACCGCUAUUACAGUGACAUCCGAGGACAUAAUUGCCUUCGAAGAAGCGCAGCUCCGCCGUCAGCAGGAGCUCAAAAACAAGAGUUCAAAGAAGGCAAGUUCAUCAGGCAACAAGGCUGAAAACGACGGGGCUCGAGAUCGCGACGGGGAGUCGAUGUCCAGCUCCAAUCGGGCAGGGGUUGAUCCAAAUGACGAACUGAAACCCUUACCUGGCGACAAGGCGCGGAUAGUCCGAACUCGAGACGAGAGGAUUGGUGUGGGACGGUAA